CUUUUUCGCUUCAGGUUAUAACCUCAACUUCUCCCAUUUUGACAUUUUCUUUUGUAUGUUAUUCAAUUUACGAUUUUAAAGUAUCGCAAUCUUAUCAAAAGAAUAAAAUUUGUUACGAAAAUAAAAAAAUUGAUAAUAACGCCUUCUUUUGUAUAACUUAUUAAAAUUAAUGUUUAAAGAACCUAUAGUUGGGACAUCAAUGGACGUUAUGAGUGCCUAUGAUAUUUUCCAUAAUUUAUAGUACUGGAUUAGAAUUUGAAUGCAUUCGCCGUACUCCCACUCUUCGAACGUUUUGUUAGCCCUCAAACCCUCGUCUGCGGACCCCUUCAAGCUCCUCCGUAUCUGCGGAUAUUUCAUACAAAAAAGGGAAAGAAAAAAAGGCCUCAUUUAAACGCACCACACAUCCAUCAUCAAUUCAUCUUACAAUUUGACUUGAUCUCUGUUCGCCAAUUUAAACCAAUUUAAGUAAUUCAAGUGUUUGGUCGCCGAGCGACAGUUGUACUUUAAACAUUGUAAGUGUUUGGAUGUCUUAAAUCGUUAUAUAUCUAUAUAGUGACGUGUCCGAUUCGCCAAAACGGCUUGCCACUGCAAACAUUAGCAAACCCUACACAGUUUCCAGCGUGAGAAUACCCUUAAAAAAUAGGGUACAUUUUGUUUCGUUUGUGAUAAAUGGAUAUUGACUCGAGUUUUUUGCUGAAAAAAAUGCUUGAGAUUGACUCCAGCCUUUUGCAAAAUCAUAGACAAAGGGAAACUACCGGGAUUAAGAAACUGUAUAAUUCCUUCUUCGUUAUGUUUUAAAGAGAACAUCGCGAAGAGUUCUUGGUAGUAGAACCAGUAGAGUAGAAGAUUAGAGUGAACCGUAGAAGAUAUUAGUAAGAACUUUUUAAACUGAUAUGGAUUAUCAACUUUACGAAAAUUCCGACAUCCUGUUGAACGACAAUUCGAAUAAUUCCAAAAACUCCUGGAACUUACCAAGUGAAUGCAGCAUGGACAAUAAUACGGAUUUGUUCGGAUGGAAUACGUUGAAGAUCGAGGAUCAGGAGAGAAUUUUGAAGAAGAGGAGACUGUCGAACGGUGGAGAAACAGAAGAGAGAAAAAGCAAACAAAUGGUCAAAGUGCAGCCGCAGAUGAGCGACCAGUUGACGGCAAAGAAAGAGAUUCAUAGAGAUGCAAUAAAAAUGCAGCAUUGGCAGGUUGAUGAUUAUGGAGAUUUGAACACUGAUAUCGAGAACCAAUUGAACAUUGGAACCAACGAUCUGGUUGGAACUUCCUAUAGUGUGAGCGAAAAUGUAUUGUCUAUGAAUGGUUUGACUAUUUUCAAACAAGAAGCUCCCUCACCCACAUCCAGCGAUGUCACCACGUUACAAAUAGCACGGAAGAAUCACAGUCCAACAACACAUACCAAUGUCGCCGUUAAUAGCACAAUGGAAGACAACAACAGUCAAAAUAUGUUCAACAACACCAUCAGUCAGUUGCUUAGCCAUGGAAAUCUGGUUGGAUUGCAAAAUGUAAUGGAAAAUUCAAAUAUUCCAUCUCCUAAUUCACAAGAUAGCUACACAGUAACAUCAACCAACUUCAAUCUGAUAGAAGACAAGCGAUUCCAGUACGUCCUUGCUGCUGCAACUAGCAUAGCUACUAAACAAAACGAAGACACGCUAACGUAUUUAAAUCAGGGACAGAGUUAUGAAAUUAAAUUGAAGAAGCUUGGGGAUUUGUCUUACUACAGGGGAAAAAUUCUGAAGACUUUCAUUCGUGUAUGUUUCCAUGAGAGACGUCUUCAAUACAUGGAAAAGGAGCAGAUAUUAUCAUGGCAGAGUUCCCGCCCAGGUGACAGAAUACUCGAAGUAGAUGUGCCGCUUUCUUAUGGGGCUUAUGAUCUGACCCAACCAACUAAUGCUCUGAAUAUGAUUCAUUUUAACUGGGAUCCUACUAAAGAAGUCGGCGUAUAUAUUAAGGUUAACUGCAUCAGCACAGAAUUCACAGCCAAGAAACAUGGUGGAGAAAAAGGUGUUCCGUUCCGCAUCCAGGUUGAAACGUUUCAGAACAGCGAUCAGAAUACACAUAACGCGCAGAAGAUACUCCAUGCAGCAGCUUGUCAAGUGAAGGUGUUCAAACUGAAGGGGGCCGAUAGAAAACACAAGCAGGAUAGAGAGAAGAUUAUGAAACGUCCCCUUUCCGAGCGGGAGAAGUACCAGCCUAGUUACGAAUGUACAGUUUUGAAUGACUUACCAAACGAAGUUAUUAUGCCAUCACCACCUCUCUCACCUAUAAGUACCGAUGCUAACAGUAUAGAUAGUAACCCUCCAGUUCAGAAUAAUAAUUUACUUGUGUCCAAGGCAGAUACUUCGGCAGAUAGUGGGAAAAUUAUUCCUAAAAUAAUAUCUAGUCCUGGAUUGGAACAUAAGGAAGUUGUACAUACCAACAAUAUUAUCCAGUUGACUCAAUAUUCCUCCCCGGAAGAAACCACGAAGUGGUUGUCCCUGAACAGAUUCGAAAAGUACUUGGACACAUUUGAAAGAUUUUCAGGAGACGAUAUGUUCAGGAUGUCCAGAGAAGAUCUUAUUCAAAUUUGUGGCAGUGCCGACGGCAUUCGCUUGCACAACGCAAUUCACCUAAAAACAAUUCCACCAAAAUUGAAAAUCUACGUAUGUCGAGAAAACUCCUCAAUCUUUAACGCCAUAUUCUUGACAUCACAUAGCAACGAAGAACUUAUUCAAAAGCUUUCGUCAUUCAUAGGAAUGUCCCAACAUCAAAUACGCGACGUCUAUUUGGAAGGACCUCAAUCGAUCCACAUUCAAUUAAACAACGAUGUUUUGGAGCACAUCAAGGAAGAAACGAUGUUUUCUGUGCAAGUUAUUUCACAGGAAAGUGGUUACGUAUUACUGCUUAAGCGGACAAAUAAAUAGAAAGGACAGCUUUUUUGCCUUUCCCCUUAAAGGGAAAAGGACCUCUUUACAAAUAUAAAUACUAAAAGAAGGAGACAGUAUGUAAUAUUAAAAAAACAGUAUUGGAACACUUCAAAAUAUUGUUGCUAGUUUUAUUUUACUUGUGUUACAACACUUAGACAGAUAGCCAAGCGGGACAGGUGGCUGACUCACUUCGCUUCGCUGCUAGGUAUAUGAGUUCAAACCCUGGCCCGGUGAACAGAAAAAUGAAAAAGGCUAACGCAGCAGUUUAAAAUUCUAACGAAUCUGAGGCUUAAGCUGCAAUACGCUGGUGUCUGAUCGCCCAAUGGGGAAGCAGCACGGCAAGGGAUAAGGCCUUGCGGCUCAGUGAUACUCCUCCUUAGAUCCCUACCGGAAUGGCGUUGACGCCUAAUAUCGGUUUAUAUAUCUACAACACGACAUUCCAUAACAUAUUCAAAUAUCUGUGGUUGAUGACUAUUUGUUGUAAUACUAGUAAAUUCACUGCUAGCGUAUAAUUAUAUAUCUAGAUACAUUUUGUAUUAUAGAAUGUUGCACUGAAAGUCCAUUUUAGAGGUUUAUAAUUCUUACUAAUAUUUUUAUGGAUGAAAUCCAAACUGUGGAAGUAGUUGUUAAGAUAAGCAGAGCUUAAAGUUUAUUUCGCAAAAUUUAGAAUGUCUUAUAAUUAAGAGUAUAAUAGAAAUAUUUUGGAAUACAUUUUACAUAAGAAAUUUUCGUAUUAUUGAUAUAUAGCGUUUUUGUAUGAUUAUAUAAUAAUAUCGUAUGGUAUUUUUACCGGGGUGAUCCUUUCGGACAGCUUCCGGUCAAUUGCAGCUUUAACCCUGUUUCAAGUAGCUAGUGUCAAUGCACACUAGCCUAAGGGGACCGACAGAUUUUCGUGUCCUCCGAAGUACGGUGCACGGCUCGUAUCAUUUAUAGAAAUGAAAAUGUCGUUGGUGCCGAGAUUUGAACGAUAAGCUUAUUUCUGUGUCAUAUUAGGUCCCCCUAACAUUGGCGCUAAGCAGAAUUUAAAAUAUUAUGUUGUGUAGCGUACUUUUUACCAAAAGCACAAUGUUAAUAAUGUCAUGGUAGAUCGGGAAAGGACCCAUUUGUGAGCCCUUUAGACAUUCUAAGGCGGGUCAGUUGUGUCGCUCCUAUCGUCCAGACUAUGCCUCUAAGAAAAUAAACCAUAAACCCCUCUUCGCCGUUUCUGGGGUCCAGGCUAUUUCGAGCUCCCAUAUCUGCUAGGACCAGCAGGGUCUCUAAAUAUGAGCUCUUUCGUGCCGUUCCUCACGUCUAAUGCUUAAAUAAACUUGUGGUCUCACAGAAAGCCACAAUUAUAUUUAGAGGUAACUCCUUCAUUGAGCUCGGUUGCGUAAAGGUCGAAUCCAGGAUCUUUCACCUCUGACCAAUCAGACAAUGCUAUCUUGCAUUCAAGAAUCAACUUAGAGCUGACUUGCUUGGGUGCUUCCAGAGCCUUUAGAGGUGCUUGACUGUUCGAACAGAUAUAAAUGGAUCUAUCUGGACAAGCCCUAUCAUUAAUUUGUCUGAAUACAAUCCUUUUACAGUUAAAAUAAUACAUCCUGUAAUGUCGCAUUACUGUGUCCAAAAUGUUGCUUUUGGCAACAUUGUGGAUAUUUUCGGGUAAUUUAUCACAGCUCGUUCAAUCCUAAUUCAUCAUUUAAUGAAAAUCUUCUGAUUUUAUAAUAAUUUAAAUAAAUAAUAUUGUUAUAAUAUUACGGCGUAUUUUGACUCAUAAAAAACAAAUAUGAGAAUCAUAAUUCAUCAGCAAUAUGUUCUACAUUUUCAAGGUUAUUUGCCAACAGGUGACCUAAAAAGCUAAAAAUAAUUUUUCAUUUUAAAUAAAAAUACUUGAAUAUUGUUUGCUAUACUAUUCCAGUCCUACUGUGGAUACAACAAAAAUGCUUGAUUCUUGACUUUUGUCACAUUGAAACCAAUACCAAAACAAAUAAUAUUUUUAAACAAUCAAUCCAACAAACGAAAAAACCAUCAAAACCAUCGAGGUACACUAUUUUAAACAUACUGAUCUUUUUAUGGUUCAUAUAAAAAAUGCUCUAUAUCAUUAAUGCGAAAUCUUACAGUAAAUAAUUAUAGUGCCUGAAGCUGGGAAGAAAGGGUAUGAAGAGAAAAGCAUGAAAUGCUGGGAUUUUUAGAGAUUAUGUAAAAAUUUAGUCAUAUAAGAGUAGUUCUAAGAAUCCAUGUGUUGAUACUAUAAGAUUUAUUAAGAAAUAUAUAUCAUAGCUGAGAAAAA